AUGCCGAGCAACGUACGCGGAAGCGGCCAAGGCAGUGAGGCCUACUGCGCAGGCCAAGGUGAAGCGAAACAGGAUACUGGAAGGCGAGAGCAACGACGCUCAUACCGGGGUCCGGGGCUCUGCAUGACGCCAACUUCAGACGCGACCAAGAGCACGCUCGACGAUGAUGGCGAUGAUGAGUACGAUGCUGCGGGGGCUACUGGGGUCCUGCUAGUGGGGUGUGCGUCUAGCCGCGAUGGUGAUGGCCACGAAGAACACGGCGGAGACGACAGUGCGGCAAUCUCUGUAAGCGUGGAGCCUCCUUUGCUCUGGCACACAGACUGGGCUGCAUGGAAGAUCUAUUUGGCUGAGUACUGCGAGCGCACCAAGCAAGUGUUGCCCGUGAAAGAGACCCUGUCUCGUCCAGAGCGUAUCAAGCGCUUAAAGUGUACUAAGAAAGGAAAAGAAGUCUCUAUGAAAGAAAACGAUGACUCCCUGUUGCUCCCCGAGGCGUUUGACCCGUAUCAGCGGACUUACAUUUGCACCCACGGUGCAAAACGCGCUCGAAUCUACGACUAUCUUCUGGAACACGAUCAGAAUGUCAUCCAAGUUGAUGUGGAUAACAUGGUGCGUGAGCAUAAAUCGUCGGUGUCAAGUGUUGACGAUAACGAAGCUACCGCGAGAGAAGUCGCGACUUUCGCAGCAGCUGAUCCAGAGAACGUUGCAUCUAUUGCAGAUACUGAUGCAGGUGAAACGGGUGUCAUAUCGCUGGCGAGUGCACACAUGCGCCGUGUAUAUGGCCGAUUUAGCGAAGUGCUGCUAGUUGAUUGCAGCCACAAAACGAAUCGCUACAACUAUCAGCUCCUUACUUUCAUGGCCAUGAACGAGUUCAGCGAAGGCGCUGUGGUGCAGCAGUCGCUGCUCGAGGCGAAUGGAGAUUGGCACAUGGAGAAAGCGAUCGCCCACUUUAAGAGAGCCCACCCGACUCGGAUUAAUUUGGUGCGCGUUAUAGUUGUCGACAAAGAUCUGAACGAAAUUCACCGGAAACUGGAGAAGGUCAGACAGUUCUCCUAUGAGAAGUUCAAAGAUGCCAACUCGGGUCGCCGCGAGCAAAGAGUGAAGACGCACGCGGAGCGCUACAGAGAGGCUGUGAGGGUCACACAUCUGAUCGCAACUGAGAUGGCAGAUAUUGAUGAUGAAAGCGAGUUUGAGGAGAUGCUGCAGUUCGUGCUAAACCAAUGGCGCAACCCCACCAACCGCGACGUGCACAACCUCGUGCACAGGCUGAAGAAGCGAGAGAACGCUUUAGGUCGGACGACAAGUGCUCAACGGCUGAAGGUUUGGAUGGCUGAGUUUGGAGAAGAGGACGGAAAUGUUGGCCGCAUCUUUAUCGAUAGGUCUGGUGAAAAGUUUCACGUGCUCAAGUAUCUUCGUGAGGAAAUUGGUUCUGCUGACUACGGGCUCAACUCGUGGCAAAGAGAGCAACUGCGCUGUACAAUGAGUCUUCUGGUGUACGCUAGGACGGAACUAGAGUACGAGAAAUAUCGGAGAUACAUGCGGUACCUCUUGAAAAUUGGCCGGUGCACAGUUGCGGCGGCGCUUCCAGCAACUACUAGCACGAGUACUGAUGGCCAGUCCGAGAGUACCGGUUUGGCUCAGAACCGAAGCCGUGAUGCUGCAUUGGAGGACGUACUUGAUGAUCAAGACGUGGUUUCCGACGAACACAUGCAGCGAAGUGCAAAUGCGGUCGAUGAUUCUUGUACUCAUCCGUUUGAAGAGUAUUUCAAACGGAAUUGGGAUAACUGCCGAGAGCUGUGGUGCGCCUACAAACGCCAGAACUGUGUGACGUUGGGCAACAACACAAACAAUCGGCUUGAGUUGUCGUGGAAACAACUAAAAGAUUGGGUGGAUUCUUUCAUGGAGCUGGACGAGUGCAUUGCAUCCAUCAUGUACUACCAAAGUCUACAAGAAAAAAGUUUCCUCUCUCGCGUUUUUAAAGUGUCGACCGUUCAUAAUCCGGAGUAUGAUCGCGAGAUGUCUGUCGUGGCCAACAGUGUGAGCGAGCACGCCUGCAAGCAGAUCUUCACUCAGUACCAAAACGAGUCCAAGGAAGAAGACGCUCUCGACGAGCCGCGGGCUGAGUACUCUGUGAACAAGCGCAAGUGGGAGUGUUCCUAUGACAACGUGCUUUGUGAGCCCGAAGUGCCAUGGGACUCCAACAGAAAGUAUCGAGAGGCAAAAGCGGUUGCCAACGAUAUCUGCGAUACGCUGGCUGGACUGGGCAUGCCCCAGUACCGUACAGCAAUGUUAGCACUUCGUCAAGUAGCGGAUUUGUUCGAGACGCACGACUUCGAGCAGCUAGCAACUAGAGAUCCGAGUACCCCAACGGCGUCAGACCGGGAGAAGAGCACCGAAGUCGCAUCAUGCAUCGCGUUGGGCAAUCAACGCGAGUCGGGCAUCGAGACGGGUCCCGAAGACGAAUCGGGCACUCCAUCGGUAGCUGAAGUUGACUCGGGCAACGUCGCAUGCAUUAAAGCGGAGUCGGGCAUCGAAACGGGUGCUGGAGGCAAGUCAAGGUCUCCACCGGUCACCGAAGUCGAGUCGGGCAUCGGGACGGGUGCUGGAGUCGAGUCGGGCAUCUAG